CACCUUCACUCCCUUCGCGCAGAUCAUAUCUCAGGGGAGGAGAAUUCUCAAGCAGAUGCCCUGAGCAGACGUCGCCUGGACAACGCGGAAUGGAGCCUUUCCCCUUCUCUCUUCAGGGAGAUCACGAGGCGCUUUGGGUCUCCCGAAGUGGACCUCUUCGCAUCGCAGGCCAACCAUCAAGUCCCGAGGGUGCUCAGGAAAGUUCUUCAGAAACGGGCGGAGAUCAUUGUUCUUGCGCCCCGCUGGCCCCGGAGACACUGGUACUCAGACUUGAUCUCCCUAUCUGUCGCUCGACCAUGGACCAUUCCGGACGACCAGAUUCUCCUCGUGCAGGGUUCCCUUCGCCAUCCGGAUCCGACAUGGUACCACUUAACCGCGUGGAGGCUGAGUGGUUCCUCCUACGAGAGGCCAAGGUCCCCUCUUCCGUGAUAGACGUCAUCCUGGCUUCCCGCAGGCCUUCUACUAAUAGAAUCUACAACUCUACCUGGACCUCUUUUGCCGCUUGGUGUCAGCACGCUCGCAUCCACCCCCUUUCGGCUUCAAUUCUGGAGGUUUUACGCUUUCUCCUGGAGGGUUUUGACGCCGGACUAUCUCCAAACACCCUCCGGAGGCAAGCUGCCGCCAUCUCUACAGUUUUGACUUGCGGUUCAUCAUCUUCGAUUUCUCGACAUCCCGUCAUCCAACAAUUUCUGCGGGGAGCUGCAAAUUUAAGACCUCCACCUGUUCAUCGCUUCCCUACUUGGGACUUGAACAAGGUCCUCUCAGCUCUUACAACCUCCUCCUUCGAGCCUCUUCGACACGUCUCGCUCCAUUUCUUGUCCUUCAAGGUCUCCUUCUUGGUCGCAAACACAUCAGCUCGCCGCAUUUCGGAGCUGGCGGCUCUGUCAUCUCGAAGGGACCUCUGCAUUUUUCACCACAACAGGGUAGUCCUCCGGCUAGACCCAGCGUUCAUACCUAAAAUCAAUUCUCCUUUUCAUCGCGCGCAGGAGUUGGUCCUACCCAACUUCUGCCCUUCCCCUCAGCACCACUUGGAACGAUCUUGGCAUACGCUUGACGUGCGACGUGCCCUCAAAAUAUACCUGAGGCGUACAUCCUCCUUUCGGAAGACAGAGGCUUUAUUUGUCUCUUACCAACCCACGUCUAUCGGAGCCAAAGCUUAGGCACCUAUGUUGGGGCGUUGGAUCCGUGCUACAAUCUCUACGGUCUACCAGAGACAAUCAUUGCCGGUACCUCACCACAUCAUGGCCCACUCCACCAGGAGUGCGGCGACCUCUGCUGCAUGGGCAACCCAGGCUAUGUUGGAGGAAGUUUGCAGAGCAGCCGCUUGGACGAGCAUCUCCCCCUUUAUCCGCCACUAUCGUGUGGACUCGUUUGCAUCUGCUGAGGCGGCCUUCGGGCGGAGAGUCCUAUUCACUCGGCUUGAGGUAACAGGGCCCUUUCUCUUCCCUCCCAGUGGACAUUCAGCUUUGGUAUGUCCCCAGUCUGACAGACGUUCCUUACGCUGAGGAGAAUGGACGUUGGACUUACCUGAUACGUCCGUUCUCUCUUAGUAAGGAAUGUCUGUCAGCCCCACCCUUCUGGCGUGCCCUGUUCCCGGUGGGGUGGGUGGUGUUCUUUUACCUCUCUCUUUGUAUUUUCCAGGACGACACUCCAGUCUGCAUCAGCGCCCUCGCCGAAACACUGGGGCUCAACCAGUAGAGGGCGGAGUUAUUUAAAUCCGCAGACUCGGUCAUAUGCUGCAUAGUGGAGUCCAUACCCAGUCUGACAGACGUUCCUU